CUUCUCGACAGCAACUCAUCAAGACCCCAACAGACCAACCCACAGAUACCUUCCUGCUAUCCUAGCUAUGCCGACCUACAGCGGCGCAGAUAGGCAGGAGCCUCACUCUGUCCGCAGAGAUGAAGAAGAAUACGACUUUGCCUGCUUCACAAGCGAUGAAGAGGAAGCAACGUCACCGCCACAGCAUGCCAAGGUACAGCUAGAAACAGUCCCAGACGAGUCAGAGAUUCCUCAACGCGCUUCUCCACCACACACCUCUGUUUCUGAAGCGAUUCAACCAACUUCAAAUGUUGCGCCGUCGAGUGCGGGUCCGGCGCAUUCUCAUGGGCACCCAAAUCGAAGUUAUGCGCUCAUUACGCAAGAUGAACUCGAUAGCUUCGUUCUCGAUCGCGAACCAAGCCUGCCUCCGCGACCUGUUCGGCCAUCCUCUUCUUCUUCGUCCACAGAAUCCAUCAGCCUUGUGGAUGAUGUGUUUAGCGCCUUUGACAGUGUUCGCCAAGCCGUCCAUGCCGAUGUCCUUCCGCUAUUCGCACAAUUUAGUCGAGCACUGAAUAUGCACGACUUGGACCAUGUUGCUGUACAAUCUGCUGAACGUAUGCGACAAACACUCUCAGCACACCGGCGACGCGUUCAAGAAUGUGCGCGCGAUGUCGAAAUGAGUGCGAAGCAACAAGCUCAACAGCUCUCGAGGGAUGUCGAAGCGUUUGCACAGCGAACGGCACGGGAUGUGACGGAGCAAAUGAAUAAGUUGCAGAGUGAGAUUGAGCGAGCUGCUGCAGGAUUGCCCAGAGAGCCGCAAGAGGAGGAGGUAUUGUUUGAGGUGCCUGAAUCACCGAUCACUGAGACUGUCGCCGUUGACGCUACGAAGACUGCUGAGUCUGUACCGAGUCUCUCUGUGCCAACGACGGCUGAUGAGACCAAUAUCCAGUGGGAGACAAGUGAAGUGACGGGUAUCAAGAUGGCGAGAGACAGCGAAGUCAUGGCCACAGUAGUCACAGCUUCUGGCCACUCGUUGGAUGUGCCAGUACAGGAACUAUGGACUGCUGCACCAUCUCUCAUCUCCAAAUUUGAAAAGAAUGUCAAUCAGAAGCUUGAAAGCCUGCAGCCUCUUGAAUCCGAGACAAUCAGUAAGACAGAUGAAGCAACCUCUGAGCCUGAUGCAAUAGCAUCUACUGCACAAGUAGCUCAUCUACAGCUCUCUACUCUCUCGAAAGAAGCGAGCAAGUACUUCAACUCUAACUCACCCGAACCCACCAACAAAAUCGCCGAUCUGAGUCCCGAGGAAGCGCGCAUUGCUGCGCUUUCCGGCUUAUCUGAAAGUACUCGAGAAAGUACACGAAAGGAGGCACAAAUGUAUCCACCCUGCUAUCGUGGCUAUGGACCUGAUACGUCUACUGGCAAGUAUGCAUUUGAGUCGGAUAAAUGGACCGAGGCGGUCAAGGGCGAUGCGCCCAAAAGCCAGCUUGCAUACAAUGGUUCGGAUUUACAGAUGAAGAACUCUAGUUCGUUCGUCGUUUUUAUGCACCCUUCUCUGGGAAAGCAGCUACGCCAGAUUCGUAUGGUUCCGACAAGUCCUCCGCCUGCUUUCGCAACUGAUGAUUCGCCAGCAGCUUCAGUCCCGCCUCUUACGCAGUCUUUCGGUACCACAUCCGAAAGUCCCCCGGUGACCUCAAGCGACACGGACUUUUCAUUUCCCUUUUCAGGCAAGCCGGUAGCGAUUGAGACCCCUCAGUCUGAAGAAGAGAGCGCACGGCCGUUUUUCAGGGAGUCUGGCAAAGAGAAUACUCAAAGUUCAGAUUCGUUCAUCUUGCAGCCUGCUGUCGCAGUUCCAAAGACUUUUGCUUCCAAGGAGGCCGCUGGAGACGAUACGGACGUCUCGUUUCACUUUCAAGGCAAUCCGGUAGCAAUUGAGACGCCUCAAUCCGAAGAAGAGAGCGCACGGCCGUUCUUCAGGGAGUCUAGCAAAGAAAAUACUCAAAGUUCAGGUUCAUUCAUCUUCAAGCCUGCUGUCGCAACUCCAGAGAAAGUGGUCUCCAAGGAAGCCGCUGUCCAGCGCGAUAGUCCGUCGUCCUUCUGGACAAGCCCAUGCAGAACAGAUGGACCAUUCGCUCAGCAACAUGCUGAUUCUCAAACGGCACCACGCUGGAUAAUCCCCAGAUCUCCAGUGCCUAGCCCACUUGCUCCGAGUACAUCAGCAUUGCCGAGUCAGCGCUCCUUCACAGCCGCAUCUCAGUCUCCAUUGUCGAAUGCUCCGAUACACGAGGAAAGGAAGCGCUUCUUUCACACAUCUCCCACUACCUCUCCAGCGAAGACGGUGCCUUCGCCGUUCUGCUUCGCCGCGAGUCCGGCCAAAAGCACGACCACUCAAGGAGGCGAACCUUCAGAAGGCCGAAAGGAGCAGUCGUUCUAUCCGCCACUUUCUGCAUUUGCAACAAACCAUCAGCGACGCGUACAGUCCUGUGCAGUGAGGCUGUUGAGGGAGCAAGUGCUUCCUGCGUACGAAUCAGACCGGGCUCUUGCUUUGGCGGAGGCUGCUGAUGGAAAAUACGAAGAAGCUCUUCUGCUCAUGACGCACUGAUCGGUCAUCUAUCCAGCGAUUGUUGAGCUUUGUGGCGACCUUUA